AAUUUUUGUUGACUGCGAACAGUUGAUUUUUGUUGACUCUGUCAAACAUGUUUUUGAUAUGGCAGAGGAAUUAAGGAAUAAAUUGUACAAAUAUCGGUUUGAAAAACAAAGGCAGAAAGUAAUUCAGAUAUUUAAGUCAAAAUUCCGUGAAUUCUGGAUGCUGGAUAUGGGACAACCUAGUUUGAGUGAAGGAGAGCAAAUCGGCGUUAAUGUGAUUGAAAAAGAUGUUGAUUUGAACAAAUUUCAAAGCCAGAAUUCAAAUGCCGAAUUUACAAAGAAUGUGGAAUACGCAUUGGCGCAGAGCUCUGAUGAUGAAGAUGAACGGGUAUCAGUUUCUGAGGUAAAAUCUUCAUCAGAUCGCCUCAGAUAUGCCUUAAGUGUAGUGAUUUUAUUAUUUUGGAUAACCCUUUACGUUAUUGCUAUUAAAUUACAAUUUGGAACGGUUUAUGUAAUGAUCUCAGCGUUGGUUGGAAUUUAUUUAAACACGAGGACUACCCCGAAGAUAACGAAUGAAAUGAGCGCUUAUAGUGUAUUUAAUAAAAAUUGUAAAAGUAUAGAUGGAACGUUAAAAGCUGAGCAGUUUGAGCUAGAAAUUAGAUACGGCUCUCUUAGAAAAAAUUAACUUUACAGGGCUGCAUACGUAGCUCAGAUAUAAUUUUAUAAUUCAGACUACUAUUUUAAAUUUUUGCCCUACUAUUUGACAUAAUAAAAAAAAACUGAAAA